GACGUAGGCGUCACUGUUUCAUGAAUAACAGUUCUCGAGCACCUAGAUGUUGGAUAUGAUGGUGAGCUUAUAAUACGUACCUGCUAUAGUAAUGUCGCCAGCAACGAAGCUAUUGUCAGGCUAGACGUCCUUGUCUCGGGAUCCAGUAGUACAUUUCACCAUCGGGGCACAGGUUGGAGUCUUUAACCAACUAGAACAUAAACUAUAGAGAAAGUUGUCCGGAUAUCCAAUAGAUAUCGUGGCCAAGUUAUAGCUACACUUCUUUCAUGCCAGGCCGCAAAACUAUUGAUAUUCCCGAGGUUAGUGGUUAGUGAUCCGACUAUAUCGCGGAGAGAGGCACCGGCACUUCCUAAAAUAGUAUCUCCGUCGUACAUCUCCGACCUCACUUGAACCCACGGAGAGACCGCUGCGUUUGGAGGUUCCAGUUAUACUUGGUUGUCUUUGAAUACAAAAAGUUUCAAUGUUUCGCGAACUCGCGAGUGUAGUGAGAGGCAGAAUAGAUAUCCCUGUUUAAGCAAAAUGUCAUUGCUACUUCGCAGCCGAGUCGUCGCUCUUGGCGGGCGUCGUGCUUUCGCAUCUCUUACCCAAUCUAGACGUCUCCGACACACACCUACAGCAGUGAAGCCUUCGCGUAUGGAGACUCAAAAGGGGUUGCUUGAGGCUCGAAAUUUGGAGAAAGCGGUUGGUGCCGUGCACAGAGAUGGGCUCGUUGUCGUCGAGGACGUGAUCCCUCACGAGGCUCUGGGCCAUCUGAAUAGGAAGAUGGUGCAGGAUGCACGGAUUCUGCAAGAUAGGGGCGAAGACGGGCCAUUUAAUUACAACACGGGAAAUCUGCAGCAAGACGCACCUCCGGUAGCCGAGUAUUUUAACCCUGGCAUCUUUACAAAUCCAAUCGCAACGCAGAUCACAACUGCCGUCCUUGGCCCCCGUCCCAAAUGGACUUUCUGCUCCGCCAACUCCGCCAUGCCGGGAGGAAAGCCGGCGCGCCAGCCGGUGCACUCUGACGCAGACUUCCAGCACCCAGACCACCCGUUCGCCCUGGUCGUCAACAUCCCCCUCGUCGCCAUGACGCCGGAGAACGGGUCGACGGAGAUCUGGCUCGGGACCCACGACCACGACGCCAACGUGCGCGGCCAGGAGGGCGCGCAUGGCGAAAGGGCUAGCGGCCGCAUACGAGAGAGCCUGCUGGCCGAGCGCAGGGAGGUGUGCCCGCCCUGCCAGCCCGUCGUUCAGAAGGGGAGUAUCGUGAUACGAGACCUCCGGCUGUGGCACGCGGGCAUGCCGAAUCUCGCCCGCGACGUCCGCGUCAUGCUCGCGAUGAUCCAUUUCGCGCCCUGGUACAGGAACCCCAUGCGGCUGCAGUUCGCGGAGGACGUCAGGCCCGUGCUGGAGAAGCUGGAGGGCGAGGGCCGCUUGGGGCUGGAGGUCCCGGUCGAUUGGAUAAGCAGGGAAGAGGCGCUCGAUACGUACCUGGAUAGGGGCUUCGGGAACAGUUACGAUUUCAACCAGACGCCUUAGGUUAGGUAGGUAGGUAUGUAAUACGGUAUUCGUUCCCGAAUUAUCCAUAGCCUGUCUAGCUAGCCUUACGUAUUUGGAAUGCACGUUGGUCGAGACUGUUCACAUGGCGAAGGUGUCGAAUAUCCAUUACCACAUAUUGUGAAGUCUUACAUGCCCCGUUAGGUUAGCUCCAGCGUGAUCUGACUCUGAUGAGGGAUUCUCAGCCGCGCAAGCCAUGUGCGCUGUGCAUACAAAGAGCGCUGGAUCCAUGGUUCUGGGAUCCUUACCCUGGACCAAAUCGACCAACCCGACCGUCCGGUGUGUUUAGCUAGUCUUACCAAUACAGACACAGAGCAGACGUAAAGGAAAGUAGACAAGGCACUGUGACGAAGACGA